AUGUCCCGGCCAGGCCAGGGUGUCAUGAUGCAGGUGAACGGGCUGGGCUUCCCACCGCAGAACGUGGCCCGCGUGGUGGUGUGGGAGUGGCUGAAUGAGCACAACCGCUGGCGGCCUUACACGGCCACCGUGUGCCACCACAUCGAGAACGUGCUCAAGGAAGACGCGCGGGGCUCCGUGGUCCUGGGGCAGGUGGAUGCCCAGCUGGUGCCCUACAUCAUCGACCUGCAGUCCAUGCACCAGUUUCGCCAGGACACAGGCACCAUGCGCCCCGUGCGGCGCAACUUCUACGACCCGUCGUCGGCGCCGGGCAAGGGCAUCGUGUGGGAGUGGGAGAGCGACGGCGGCGCCUGGACGGCCUACGACAUGGACAUCUGCAUCACCAUCCAGAACGCCUACGAGAAGCAGCACCCGUGGCUCGACCUCUCGUCGCUCGGCUUCUGCUACCUCAUCUACUUCAACAGCAUGUCGCAGAUGAACCGCCAGACGCGCAGGCGCCGCCGGCUGCGCCGCCGCCUGGACCUCGCCUACCCGCUCACCGUCGGCUCCAUCCCCAAGUCGCAGUCGUGGCCCGUGGGCGCCAGCUCGGGCCAGCCCUGCUCCUGCCAGCAGUGCCUGCUGGUCAACAGCACGAGCCCGAGCGCCCCCAGCGGUGCGCCCACCCCGGGCCAGAACAACCUCAACCGGCCUGGACCCCAGCGCGCUACCAGCGUGAGCGCGCGUGCCUCCAUCCCGCCAGGGGUCCCUGCGCUCCCGGUGAAGAACUUGAACGGUACCGGGCCAGUCCACCCGGCCCUGGCAGGGAUGACCGGGAUCCUGCUGUGCGCCGCCGGGCUGCCCGUGUGCUUGACCAGAGCACCCAAACCUAUCCUGCACCCGCCGCCCGUGAGCAAGAGCGACGUCAAGCCCGUGCCCGGCGUGCCUGGGGUGUGCCGCAAGACCAAGAAGAAGCACCUCAAGAAGAGUAAGAACCCUGAGGAUGUGGUUCGGAGGUACAUGCAGAAGGUGAAGAACCCGCCUGAUGAGGACUGCACCAUCUGCAUGGAGCGGCUGGUCACGGCCUCCGGCUACGAGGGCGUGCUCCGGCACAAGGGUGUUAGGCCCGAGCUCGUGGGCCGCCUGGGCCGCUGCGGCCACAUGUACCACCUGCUGUGCCUCGUGGCCAUGUACUCCAAUGGCAACAAGGAUGGCAGCUUGCAGUGCCCCACCUGUAAGGCCAUCUACGGAGAGAAGACGGGCACUCAGCCUCCUGGGAAGAUGGAGUUCCACCUUAUUCCCCACUCGCUGCCUGGCUUCGCUGACACCCAGACCAUCCGCAUUGUCUAUGACAUCCCCACAGGCAUCCAGGGCCCGGAGCACCCCAACCCAGGGAAGAAGUUCACUGCAAGAGGCUUCCCUCGGCACUGCUAUCUGCCCAACAACGAGAAGGGCAGGAAGGUGUUGAGACUGCUCAUCACGGCCUGGGAGCGGAGGCUCAUCUUCACCAUCGGCACCUCCAACACCACCGGCGAGUCGGACACCGUGGUUUGGAACGAGAUCCACCACAAGACCGAGUUUGGAUCCAACCUCACGGGCCACGGCUACCCAGACGCUAGCUAUCUAGACAACGUGCUGGCCGAGCUCACAGCCCAGGGCGUGUCCGAGGCCACGGCCAAGGCCUGAGGCCCGGGGCUGCCCACCUUCCCUCCUGCUUUGCCCCUGGUCCGGCUCAGGCCUCCCUCCACCAGGUGUGCCCUCCUGGCCCAGGUUCAGGGCUGGGGAGGAGC